GUUCGUUGGGUCUACUCAUAACACAAAUCACAAUCAUUCCUGUGUUUUGUCAACAGAUUAGAAAUCUAACCUCCAAACUCUACACACGGUUCGAAAAUUUUCGUGAAAUCCGGCUAUGCUUGUGGUACUGACAACUCCACCCUUCUAAUAUCACUCACUCUGCAAAUUAAAAAAUCUCUAAGAUGAGCAAACAUAUGUCUAACAAAUCGCUGUUCGUAAAAACAAAUUCAUCCAUCAUCGAUGAUUAUUUCAAGAUCAUGAACAAUAAACAAAUGAAAAAUCUUCAGUUUCCAAAUUCCGCGUCGGAGUCCCAGAGCAUCAAUAAAAAAUCGGUAUAUCGACCUGAUAAAAGCAGGAAGCGACCAAAAUUACAUAAAUGUUCGACAUCAUCGAGAAGUACCUAUUCGAGUAAAUCAACCGAAAUUUCUUCAGUUUUAUUUUCACCGGGAGAAACCGCAGGGAAAAAUUCCGGUAACCCUUUUCCAAAUUCUAAAAUUGCUCUCUCACCUCAUGAUUCAUUUGCUGAUUCUCAAGGAAUUCAUGAUAUCGUUAAUUCAAUCGAAAAUCCUGCGGAAUUAAAAGUAGAGCAAAAAUAUUCCUGGGAAGACUUGAAAACCUGGGUUCCGCCCUCUGAGAAAAAUAGGCGGACAAUAAACGAAUGUAAAAUCAAAUAUUCGUGGGAAAUAAUUGGGAUUGCGUCUCAAACGUCCCAGACCUUGAUUGAACAGUUAAAAAAUUUGAGAACAUCUGGAAAUUAUCCCUGCGGAAUCAAGUAUUCGUGGGAAGUGAUUGGAAUGGGGACUCAGGCUUCUCUGCAUGAUUUAUCCUACUUGAUGAGUGAUAAUGACUACUGGGAGGGGAGAAUUGUGAUUGGAUCGUCCGGGAAAAAUGUCACCACGGGAAAUAGCACUCCUUGUUAUGAUGUAUCUAACAAACCUCGCUUUGUCUGUAAUACAGGCACACAAUGCACAGCAGAUAAAGGAGUGCAUACUGAUCUUACAGACUGUACAGUCAAGUAUUCAUGGCAGAAUUUGACAAAGGCUUAUUUACACUCGGGAAAAUUGUCAUGAGAAUUUUGAAAGAUGAAUUAUUGUAAUAUCGCACAUUAAUCAUGGAUACGAAAGAGGAUGAAAGUCUUGACGACUUGAACUCCACCCUAACGGAAGACUCACAAUUAUUAGAAAGCAUUUCGGACAAAUCUAACGCACCCUCAGACGAUGCAGAAUAUAAAUUACGUUAUCGAGAAUUGACGAAAAAACUGAAAUCUGCUGAAGAAAACAUUGAUAAAUAUGAGCAGAGUAUCUCAAGCCUAUCGAAAACGUCUUCGGACAUUGUUCUUGGGUCUGUAAAUAAAAGAUUGGAAAGAGGUAACGAUUACUCGUUGAAGAUCAUAUCCAAUAUUCAGGAGUAUGUUAGAAAAUUGGAGGAACAGUUCAAGGAAUUGGAUAAAGCCGAUGAUCAGGUUAUCAAAACCACAGAUCGCGUAAUGCAGGAAAUCGAUGACUCGUACGAUUACUUGCUAUCGAAUAUAGCAAAAGAGAUAAACAAAAAGCGGGAAUUAAUGAAAUUGGAAGCCAAAGUAUUCAAGAAUGAAAGCCUAGUCCCGCUGACAGCCUGUCGUGAAGAAAUCCAUAGACAAAUAUUGAAGACCAAAAAGUCGAUUUCUACAGUUGGAAGUAUGAAAAAUGAAGAGGACUGUGUCAGCCAUGUGGAACACUAUGAAUUGCUAAGUGCAGACAGACAAAUUGGAGGAAUACCCGCAGUGCCUUUCUUGGACGAGCUCCCCUACCUAAACUUCAAGGCGCCAUCAAGAACACAAGUCAAUGAACUACUCCACAGAUUCUAUAACAUGGGAACGAUCUUGCGACUAGGUCCAGUUCAGAUAACCGAUGUAGAAGAAAAACCGGGGUCAGUAUUUGUCAAGUGGGGCAUCGCUGAUCCUGAAUAUGCUUUUGAGGAUCACAUUUACGUUGUUCAAAGAGCAUUUGGAGAGGUCCUUGAUCCCACCUCCAACGAAUUUGCGACAAUCUACGAGGGGAGUGAGGAGUCUUGCUUCGUUAAGAAUGUCGAGAUUAAUCGUCCGAUUACUCUCAGAGUUGGAAUUCAAUCGAUGGAGUCAGCUUGGAGUUCAAUGAGAAUCACCAAAACAUCAGUGCCCCACUAUGGUUGGUCCUUCGACAAUGAGGAUUACAUGAUCACGAAUAAUGGUACAGUCGCAGCGAAAAUUAACGAUCACGCCAGCGCGGUAUUUUCCCGUGAUGCCCUCAUAGACGCCAAUCAAAUAAUUGAGUUCAAGUUUUUAGAAGUUCCAGCUCAAGCCCUAGGUGAUGAGGGAAUUGCCUUAUUAUCAGAACUUGGAGGGAAAAGUGAUUCUUUGAAGCGAAGGGGAUCACUGAUGAUUACUGCACUGGGCAAAAUUUUCAUGGAUGGAGAGGAGAAACUCAUGCAACUCCCCUCCGUCCAUUCUGGUGCCAGAAUCAUAUUUACUAUUACGAGAAGGGAUAAAGAAACUUUACGAGUUAAUAUCGAAUGUUCGGAUAAGGCAGUCACUUAUUAUUGGAACGCUGAAACUCCACUCUAUUUCGCUGCCAGAUUUUUACAGUCGAAAAGGUGGAAUGUAAUGGUUAAAUAAAUUUUUUAUACAUAUGUUAAUAAAUCGGUUUAUCUUAUA